AUGUUCUCGCCCGAGGCGUCCAUCGCGAGCGCGCGCAGCUCUUUGCGCAACCCCCGACGCAGACCGCGGAUGGAAUCCGAGAGCCUACGAAGCAGAAAGCGCAGUAAACUCAACGACGCGACCUUCAAGGACCCGGCCGACGCCCACAUCAACGGAAACGGAAGUGCCUCGACAAAUGGCCACGCUGUGCAGAGUGUCGACCACUCGGUUGUUGUGGUUGACAUGCCCUUGAGCAUUCGGGAGAAGAAGACGGCACCGAAGCGCGCGCCCAAGGAGGACACGGGCACGUAUCUUACCAAGAACGCAAACUACAGUGUCAAGAAACUGCCUGGCUUCCCGUCAGCGCUCCUCCGCCCAUCGACUCCCAUAUAUGCCACCGCCCUUCCCUCCGCCGGCCUCGCGCUUGCCCUGACAUCAGAUCGAGCCCUCGUCUGGGACUACAGCGCCCCGAACGGCCCUUCAAAGGUCGUCUCUCUAAACCUUAACUUCGGCCUCAGACCAACUGAACCUCUACCGCUCGGCGCCAUCGUUCGCAACGGCCCCACCAACGACUACGGUAUCGUCGCGCUCGCGCCUUCGACAGGCAAGAUCAGCUUCUGGGAGAACAUCGACAGCGCAGACACCCGAAGCCUAUACCCCCAGCGCCAGCAAGGGGUGGAUGGCUUUGUGAAGCUGUACUCUGGGGAAACCAUAACCGGCCUGGUCGAUGUCGAGCACGCGGGCUAUGUCCUGGUCUUCAGCAGCGGCAGACUCGCUCAGCUGACUCUGCGCGAUUCUCAGGGUCGACCAAGCGUUGCGACAACAGUCUUGAGCGCACCAAACGGCUCGGGAGGUAGCUUCUUCAGCUUCAAAGGCCUUCUCGGAGGAUCCAUCCGGAAGACCAUCGCCUCCGUCAAGGCCCGGACAUCGCAAUCCAAGGGCCACAUGGAAGUCAUCUCGGCGACGCGAAACGGCCUCUUUCAGACCUGGGACUUGAGCUGGUCAGGACAAAACAGCCACCAACGAGACGUAGACGUAUACGAUGCGAUCCUGUCGGCAGUUCAAACAGACACCGUUCCAGAAGUACGCAACCAGCAGGAUGUCCACGUGCUGGAUUUUGCCAUUAUGGAACAACAACAGGGUCAGGAUGCUGUCAAUCUUCUGGUUUUGGUGGCACUGUCUGGCCGGGACUCAAUGGACUACUUCCUCGUGGAGGUGGAUCUGUCGAGGACAGCCGGUACCAUUAGCAGGGCGAUACCAGUCCGCAACUUUCAUCAGCCGCAGCUUACCAAGGAGCCGACCGGAACGCUUCUCCUGCCACAGCCUGGACACACAGCCUACGUCCAGUUUCCAGGAGCAGUCUUCGUCGCAUCCCUCGCUCAACCAGAGGAGAGCCCAGAGGCACAACUGCUCGCAGACUCAGGCCGUUCUAGUUUACCCUUCCAGGACACCGUAUAUUUCCGCCCAGAAGUGACCCUUGCAGGCACUGCCCUGGAGACCCCGAUACGGAAGGACAAGAAAUCGACUGCUCUCGUCUUCGUCCAGCAAUUCGGCCUUUUACAGAUCAGCGCAUUGCCUCCUACCACAGACGAUCAGGAUAAAGAGCGCGUGAAAGUGACCGCACGCAGCAAACUCGAGCAGGCCACCUUCUUCAGUACCAUCCCCUCCAACAUCAUAGACUUCUCUGUCAGAUCACGCUUUUCGUUCGCAGAGGAGGAGACUGCGGAAGCUGCACUUGCUAUCAGUGCCGGCAUCUUGAGCUCCUCGUACGACUACUUGGAGAAGGGAGUUUCGAACUUGGACGACCAAUUCCAGCAGCGCUCCUUCGCCCUCCGUACCCUGAUCACUCAACUACAAACCGAUUAUCCCCCCAUAUCUUUCCAGACAAGGUGGCGGCUAUUGUGGCAUGCCGAGAAGCUCGCGGCUGCACACAAGCUCUGGCUCUGGUACCAAGACAAGCUGCAGGACCAACAAGCACACCCGGAUACCUAUCCAGAGAAGAUUCUGAUGAGCGACAUUAUUAGAGCCUUGAAUGAGCGCUACAAGAGCGGCCUCGAUUCUGAGCUAGGCGAGAACGACACUAUUCGACAAUUCUUCGUUAAGGACGUUGACAGCUUUCACACGCUGAUACCUUGGGGCUGGUUUUACCUGAGGACCUUCUAUAUGAAAGAGGGACUAAAGCAAACACCGUCCAUCAUGCAGAGGCUCAGUGAAGGCACCGAUGUCAUGCUUGUCGCUUUGGAGACAGCUUUCGAGUUCCGGCAAGCAAAUGUGGAAGUAUACGGUCUCGACCCUGAUUGUCUGGAUGACAGCAUCCUCAAACCGGACUAUGGCUACGAUAUGCUGCCUCCAUUCUGGACCUCGUCUCACAACAUCGUCAGCUCGAUUCGAAGUCUCAUUGACGUUGGCCGCAACCUUGCGGUGGACAACUACGAGGAAGGCUACCAAGAACUCCUGGCACAAAAGAUCGGCAAGGACAACCCUCGCUUGGUGAAGCUUGGAUGCCAGACUCACAUUGAACGCUUUGAGUGGGCUCUCGCCCAGAGCGAUGAGAAGACACGAGCCAUGGGCCGCAGCCUCAAGGAUGAGUGGAACAACAACGUCCGACCAUCGCACAUCAUGGGCUUGAUGGAGAUUGGACUCCCUACAGAAGGUAUGGAAUUGGCCGAGCAGUAUCACGACAUGUCGACACUUGUAAACCUGAUCUGGGAGGAGUCCAACUGGCUCGAGACGGAGAAGGCGAACACCCGCAGCAAGAUGGAGCAGGCAGAGAGCACAGUCAAGCUGAACCGGAUAAAAGAGCGCAUCGCGCGCUACUUCGAGGUCUACGGUGAUGACUGGGCUGGAGCGUUCUACUCAAAGUACAUCAACGAAAACCAAGCAGGACAACUCUUCAUGAAGGAGUAUCUCAACCAACCGGCACUCACAAAGUUCCUACGAGCUGAGCCGUCGCGCGUCAGGCUCGCAUGGAUCAAUGAAGUCUGCGGCGAGAAAGACUACGAAACUGCUGCUGAAGCUCUCUUUGAGGCUGGAUCGAAGCAGGAGACGAAUGCGUGGUGCCAGCGCGUUGAGCUCUCCAUGGCCAAGCUUGCCUUGCUCUGCAAGGAGGCAAAGCAUGGCGAUGACCAAGCAGUAGUCGACCCACGCAGGGAGAAGCCCAAGGCGCUGAAGAUGCGCGAGGCCAUGUACCAGAGCAUCGAUCAACAGCUCGAGUACACCAAGAUCCAAGAGGAGGUUUACGAGCGGUUGCUGCCCAUUAUUACCGGAGCUCUGGAUGAAGACUCUGCUGUUGAACUCCUUAUGGCCGAGUUUGGACAAGGUCGUUUGAAGGAUCGACCAGCACACCAGACCAUCCUCAAAGAGGGAUUCGAGGCUCUGGUUCACCACAGGGUUAUCGACCCUGCGCUCAUGGUUGACAUUCUCACACUCAUGAAUGCAGACGACAGCGAGGAAGGUGUUACUUUGCUUGGGAACGACGAGUUCAUCUACGCUUUCAAGGUCUUGACAGUCAACUGGAACAAUAUCCACCGGACAACUCGCGACGGCCUGCUCAAGCUUUUCUGGAAGCGACUGUGCAUCAAGGACAACUGGGCUUUGAUCAAUAAUGAAAAGGAGGUGCCUGAUGCCAAAAUCCACGAUGUGUUGCAAGGCACAGUCAUGGCAUGGACAUUCCGCGCCUUGUCCGCCAUGUGCAUCGGCAAUUCUUUCAUCCGGACCCUAUGGCCUAAGAACCUUCGGGACCUUCUAGGUGCUGGAGGAACGCAUGGAGAGCUUUGUUUUCGCUUUGCUGCCGAAGACCUUCGCAACCCGAUUAUCAAGGACAACCUCUUAGAUGACGAUAUCCUUCGCGAGCAGGUUAGCAAGAACAGGCUCACCGAUUGGUUCAAGGCAGCCUGGAACACGGGCAAGACCAUGUACGCCCGCGAGCUGGCACUGCAGGGCAAGGUUCCUCCUCAGUCUAUGCCAGCAGCCCCUCAGAUGGCGGAGGAAGAAGUAGAGGACGAAGCGGAGCAGGACGCUGCUGGGUCGGAGACGUUUGACGGAGACGACGAGAGCGCACAGCAGGAAGACGUGGUGAUGCAGGAUUCAUGA